AUGGAAGUUCCUCCUAGGCUGGCCUUUUACGUGUCCUGGGACGCAUCGGGCACAGGCGGCAUAAAGGAACUAAUAUUGGUGUAUUAUGCGAAUGAUAGCACCGUGGAGUUGCGAAACCUCCAAAGCAACAGCGGUAACCUGAAACGUGUGGCCGUUCCUAAGCAUGUGGCUCAGUCGCUUUACCCUGGGGCUCAACUUGUUUUAUUUUCUCGGCAUCUGCGCAUCGAGGACGCUGCCAAUGAACAAACGGCUGCUUACCUCUCACGUUCCAUGGAGCCGGCCUUGUGCAUAUGGCGAGUAGAAGACACACACAAGUACGCAGACACUUUGCAAAGCCUCCUAAACUCGGGUCUUAUCCUGACGAACUGCAGACUACUGGCGCUCGAUGAGCCGCUGGGGGAAUUCCUUAAGGCUCAAACUCCCGAAGUAGUCAUGCAAGGCGACGCUUCUGUAUCCUCUUCAUCCACCGUUGCUGUCUUUCUUCUACGGGGAGAUAACGCAGCCCAUAAGGUCCGCUCACUGACAGCCGCAGGGCACGAGUUGCUAACAACCUCAGCAGACACCCCAUCUGCAGCUGUGGAGGAGCUGGGUAUGGAGCUGUGCGAGAAGGCAGCACCAAAGCCUGAUGCCGCUGCUGGUGUUGCAGCUACUGCUGUUGCUGCAACUACUGCUGCUGCUGCAACUACUCCUGUUGCUGCUGCUGGUGAGGGGGCGGAGCUCACCUGCUGCGUCAUAAAGCCCCACGCACUGCAGCAGACAGGCACUGUCCUUCGUGAGCUCAGCAGCAGCGGCCUCUCCAUCCGCAAUAUGCAGUGCUUUCGCCUUACCAGCGUCGCAGCUCGAGAGUUUCUAGAGAUAUAUGACACUGUCUUAAAGGAGUUCCCUAAGAUGGUGGAAGAGAUGACAAACGGAACUGUUCUGGCUAUACAGCUGGAGGGGCCCGACGCAGUCGCUCGCCUUAGGCGCCUCGCAGGGCCGUACGACCCCGAGCUCUGCCGCUAUUUAUACCCCUCAACACUGCGAGCAAAGCUGGGGAACGACGUUCCCCGAAACGCGCUGCACUGCACUGAUCUCGCUGAAGACGCGGCUUUAGAAUGUUCUUACUUCUUUCAGCUAAUGGCUACGCACAACCGCAGCGCCCCUCAUAAAGCCCCUUUUGCCCCCAACAACGCCACUCUUGUCUGA